AUGCUCGCCCACCUUUUAACAGCCAGUGAACGAAGGGUCCUUUCCUCGUCCUUUCGAUUUUUCCGCCGGUUUUAUUAUUGUACACACAAAUGUGAACCGCUAGUUGAAUCGCAAAAGAUUCGUUAUUUACGGUUAAAUAGAAAUUUGCCGCGUCGUCAGUUUACCACCAGCACCAGCAGCAGUAAAAGUGAAAUCGAAUCAAACCAAAAACCCUUAUCCGCAAAUGCAACCAUCGAACAGGACACGAAACCGCCCUCGAAGAAGCUUCAGCUGCGAUCAUCCGACGUGAAACGGUUGCUGGGGUUUGCGAAAUCCGAACAGUGGAACAUCGCAGGUGGCAUCGGAUGUUUGAUAAUUUCGUCCGCAAUCACUAUGUCGGUUCCGUUCGGACUUGGCAAAAUCCUGGACGUCAUCUUUGCCGGUUCAUCCGGAGCGGGCAUGGCUAAGGAACAGCUGGACCAGUUUUGUCUCCUACUCGGAGGCAUUUUCCUUCUCGGUGGACUGGCCAACUUUGGUCGUGUUUACCUAUUCAGCAAUGCCUCACUUCGAAUAACGAAAGACAUCAGGACAAAGGUGUACAGCUCGAUGUUGAACCAGGAAGCGGGCUGGUUCGAUCGGAAAGGCACGGGCGAACUGGUUAACCGACUGUCCUCCGAUACGUUCCUCGUUGGCAACUCUCUUAGCAUGAACCUUUCCGAUGGAUUGCGAUCGACAGCCAUGAUAUUGGCCGGAACGGGCAUGAUGGUGUAUACCUCGCCUCAUUUGGCCCUCGUUGGCACAUGCAUCGUACCGGUGGUGGCUGGUGGUGCAGUCGUUUAUGGCCGCUACGUCCGCAACAUAACUCGCGAGCUCAUGGACAAGUACGCCGAGGUGAUGAAGGUAGGCGAGGAGCGUCUCGGUAACGUGAAAACGGUCAAGGUGUUCUGUAAGGAGCGUUUUGAGAAGCAGCUCUUCACCGAGCAGCUGGUGGACGCGCUAAACAUCGGUUACCGGGAAACGAAAGCACGAGCAACGUUCUACGGAAUGACGGGUCUAUCGGGCAACAUCAUCAUCCUAUCGGUACUUUAUUACGGUGGCACGAUGGUAAAUAACGCAGAAAUGACAAUCGGAGCACUUACUUCGUUCAUCCUGUAUGCCGGCUACACUGCCAUCUCGAUCGGUGGCCUCAGCAACUUCUAUACGGAGCUGAACAAAGGCGUUGGAUCGGCGAGUCGACUUUGGGAGAUCAUCGAUCGCAAAUACACGAUACCGAUCGACGGAGGAAUCGAGCUUACCAACCAACCUGCGGGGCAAAUACAGUUCCGUGACGUAGUGUUCCAUUACCCUUCCCGGCCAGAUGCACCCAUUUUGCGUGGAGCAAACUUGACAAUCGAACCGGGUACCACCACGGCCGUUGUGGGUCGCAGUGGUUCGGGAAAGUCGACUCUCGCCUCACUUGUCCUCCGAUUGUACGAUCCAGCCCAGGGUUCGGUCCUACUCGAUGGUAUCGACCUGCGUGAACUGAAUCCAACCUCCUUGCGGCGUUAUAUCGGUGCAGUCAAUCAGGAACCGAUACUUUUCAGUGGCACGAUACGGGAAAACAUUCUGUACGGUCUCAACAUGGGUGAACAGAUAUCAGAGAGCAGGUUCGAACGUGUGGUCCGGGAAGCGCACGUGGACGAAUUUGUGCGUAGCUUUCCGGACGGACUGAACACGCUGGUGGGACAGCGUGGCGUAAUGCUUAGUGGGGGUCAGAAGCAGCGAGUAGCUAUUGCGCGCGCUAUUAUACGGAACCCCAAAAUCCUCAUCCUGGACGAAGCGACGAGCGCGUUGGAUGCGGUAUCUGAAGAGCUUAUACAAAACGCAUUAGAGCGGUUAACAAAGAACCGAACCGUACUGACGAUAGCGCACCGUUUGAGCACGAUCCGCAAUGCGACCAACAUAGCAGUGCUAGCCGAUGGUCGUAUAGUGGAGCAUGGCAACUACGAUCGGUUGAUCGCGACCGAGGGUGGUGUGUUCCGGGAACUGGUGCAACGACAAACCUUCAGCUCCACCGCUAUUAGCUAGGGCUACGAGGUAGCUGCGAUAGUAUUUUUUCGGUUGCUAUUACUCCUACAUUAUAGAUUUUUCUUCUGUUGGAGUGUUUUUGUUUAUGUUUUCUGUUUCUCAUUUUACAAGAUUCCAUUCGUUUGUUACCCCUUGUUCUCUCGAUUGUAAAACUGUGCGGAAUAAAGACUUUAUAUUAAUAGGUGGCUGAAGUGAAGGAAAGCAAUUCGGAAUACU